GGGGAAGCGGCGGGCGCGCAGCCUCCAUGGCCAGGCAGGGCAGCCGGGAGCAGCAGGGCAUUACCUUGCGCGGCAGCGCCGAGAUCGUCGCCGAGUUCUUCUCCUAUGGAAUCAACAGCAUCCUCUACCAGCGGGGAAUCUAUCCCCCAGAGACCUUCACCCGCGUCCAGAAGUACGGGCUAACCCUCCUCGUCACCACCGACCCCGAGCUGAAGAACUACCUCAACAACGUAGUGGAGCAGAUGAAAGAGUGGCUUUACAAGUGCAUUGUGCAGCGCUUGGUGGUGGUCAUCUCGAGUAUUGAAAACAAUGAGGUUCUGGAGCGGUGGCAGUUUGACAUCGAGUGCGACAAAACUGCAAAGGACGAGAGUGCACCACGAGAAAAAUCUCAGAAAAUUAUUCAGGAUGAAAUUCGAUCUGUCAUAAGACAAAUAACUGCCACAGUAACUUUUCUUCCACUGUUGGAAACUGCCUGUGCCUUUGACUUGCUGAUAUACACAGAUAAAGAUUUGGCAGUGCCAGAAAAGUGGGAAGAGUCAGGACCACAAUUUAUAGCCAAUUCAGAAGAGGUUCGUCUUCGGUCCUUCACUACCACGAUCCACAAAGUAAACAGCAUGGUGGCUUACAAAAAGGAUUCCUUCCCAUGAGACACUGCAGGGGGGGGGAUUGUAUAUACCUGUCUUCUUGUAUAGUUUCUGUUUAUAGUGCUGCUGUGCCCUGAACACAUCAUCACUUGCUCUGGCUGAAGUAUGAUACAGAAAAAAAUGCAACGUGUUUAUGAUAACGUGAUUCAACACUAGGCUAUGCUGGCAUUGAUUUUAAACAGUUGUAAGUGAGGUAUUUUAACAGUACUUCCAUUCUUAACCAGCUAAACUAAUGGUGUGUUAAACUACCACAUCGACUAGAAAAAAAUGCCUGAAUCUAGGGUUAACUGCUACAACUGCCUUCAGAUUCUGUAAUUCAGUAGUUUUCAGGUUACUAGAAACUGCAUUCAGUUAGCAGGGUUUAGUUCUCUCUGGCACUAAAAAAAACCAAAAAAACCUCACUCCUGAUGUGCCAGUUCUUCAUGUUGGAAGUCUGUGCUCAUCCAUUGUCAGGAUCAAGCCCAAAGAUAAACAGAACAAUUCUGAAUUUACUUGUACUUCUACAAUGAAAGCAGCUGUUUAUCAGGUAUAUUUUAUAUAUAUGAAGCCUUGUACAUUGAGUGCUGGACUCUGGUUCUGGGGUGGUGGUCUCAGUCUGUGUAUGUUUCUAAUGUCUGUAAAGCAUUUUCUAUGUUUGUAGUCUUGUUUUUACAGAAUAAAGCUUAGAAGUUGUAUAGUGCUCUUUAA